AGAACUUGCCCAGUUCUCUUUUCGUUCUCAGACAUGGGCACACCACAGAAGGAUGUUGUUAUCAAGUCAGACGCACCUGACACUCUAUUAUUGGAGAAGCAUGCAGAUUAUAUUGCAUCCUAUGGCUCAAAGAAAGAUGAUUAUGAAUACUGUAUGUCUGAGUAUUUGAGAAUGAGUGGCAUCUAUUGGGGUCUCACUGUAAUGGAUCUCAUGGGACAACUACAUCGAAUGAAUAGAGAAGAAAUUCUGACAUUUAUUAAGUCCUGUCAACACGAGUGUGGUGGAAUAAGUGCUAGUAUCGGACAUGAUCCUCAUCUUUUGUAUACACUGAGUGCUGUCCAGAUUCUCACUCUGUAUGAUAGUAUUAAUGUUAUUGACGUAAAUAAAGUUGUGGAAUAUGUUCAGAGUCUGCAGAAAGAAGAUGGUUCUUUUGCUGGAGAUAUUUGGGGAGAAAUCGAUACAAGAUUCUCUUUUUGUGCGGUGGCAACUUUGGCUCUAUUGGGGAAGCUGGAUGCUAUUAAUGUGGAAAAGGCAAUUGAAUUUGUUUUAUCAUGUAUGAACUUUGAUGGUGGAUUUGGUUGUAGGCCAGGUUCUGAGUCCCAUGCUGGGCAGAUCUAUUGUUGCACAGGAUUUCUGGCUAUUACUAAUCAGUUGCAUCAAGUAAAUUCUGAUUUACUCGGUUGGUGGCUUUGUGAACGACAGUUACCUUCAGGCGGACUGAAUGGAAGGCCAGAGAAGUUACCAGAUGUGUGCUAUUCAUGGUGGGUGUUGGCUUCCCUAAAGAUAAUUGGAAGGCUUCAUUGGAUUGAUCGAGAGAAACUCCGAAGUUUCAUCUUGGCAUGUCAAGAUGAAGAAACUGGAGGAUUUGCAGACAGGCCAGGAGAUAUGGUAGAUCCUUUUCAUACUUUAUUUGGAAUUGCCGGAUUGUCACUUUUGGGAGAAGAAGAGAUUAAACCUGUUAGUCCUGUUUUUUGCAUGCCUGAAGAAGUACUCCGGAGAGUGAAUGUUCAGCCUGAACUAGUGAGCUAGAUUCAUUGAUGCAAAAGUUGCUGAGUAUAAUUUUGUCAUCCUAACAUUUCUGUAUUUGAAAUGCUUAUAAAACUUAUGACUUUGUUAAUAUUUUGUAUAUGAAUUAAUUUUAAUAAAUUAUAUAAUUAUACAUAUUGUAAAAUAAAGACCUAUCUUCAGCUUUUGAUUUUCUUUUAGAAUGCUGGUACUCUGAGUACAAUAUUUUGUUUAUGCUUCAAAGUAUUUAAAUUUCCCUAACAAUAGUCUGUAAGAACUCUGGUUAAAGAAGUCUUAUAUUCUACUUGAUUUUUCUCACGUGCUCCCUUCAUAUGUUAUGUAAUGAUAGUUCAUGUAAAUUGGUUUGUGUCGAUGAGAUUGUUAACUGUAAAAAUUGAUAAGCCCCACAUAUGAAUUAAAAGAUGCACAAAAAAGUAAA